AUGGCGUCACCGCUUGGCUUGGUGUGGCUGGUGUUAGCCUUCACUUUGGUAUUCAAGCCAGUGGCUGCCAACACCUGUUCGAACCAGGAUUUUUCCUGCUCUCACGGAUUAUGCGUGUCUGAGGACUGUGUGUGUGACUUCACUGACGACUGUGGAGACAGCAGCGAUGAAAACAAUUGUUCAAUGUAUGAGAGGUGUGACUUUGAGGAGGGUUUCUGUGACCUGAUCCAAAGCACAGAAAUGAGGGCUCAGUGGUCCAGAACAACUGAGGUCGCUGGACUCAAACAUGUCCACACAAACAACAAAUCAGCACAUUUUCUGUCCCUGUUACCCGUCAGAGGAAACAAAACCACAGCAGACCUGAAAAGUCCAGUCUUCCCACCCAGCCACACCUGCCAGAUGAGUUUCUAUUAUUAUUUUGGAGCAACUCACGGAGAUCUUCAGGUCCUGGUUCAAACUCAUCCAGCAGGUCGGAGCACAGCAGUGUGGAAACCCUCAACUCAACUACAGAAGGAUACGUGGCUGCGGGAAAUCCUUCGCUUUUCCAGGAAUGACAGUUUUCAGGUGGUGAUUCGAGGAGAACUUUCAGCUGACAGCGAGGCCUCUGAGGUCCUGGCCAUCGAUGACUUAUCCUUCAGCCCCGGCUGCGGGGCUGUGUCUGGGAGGAGGGUGUCCUCUCCUCCUGCCUGCCCUCCCUUGUGGUUCGUGUGCGAUGAUGGGGAGUGUAUCGAGGAGAGCAAAGUGUGUGACUUCACCCCGCAUUGUUCCUCUGGAGAGGAUGAAGCCAGCUGCCCCUCUGAGUGUGACUUUAAGAGUGAUUCUUGUGGCUGGUACGAGCUUACCCUCGGCGAUGGCUUUGACUGGGUCAGGGGCUCAUCGAUGGAGGUACCUCCAGACUACUAUGGUCGCCCACCACCACUGGACCACUCCACGAACAGCACUGAAGGUCACUUCAUGUUUAUAUUCAAGAACAGCAGCAGUCUGUAUCCAAAUGCUGCUCUCCGAGGACCGCGGUUCCAGCAAUCGGCUGCUGCCUGCACCAUGACCUUCUGGCAUUAUAAUUCAGGGAUAUCUGUGGGAGCUGCUGACAUGUCACUUAGAAUCAAAGGAGUUGAAAACCACACUGUCAUAUGGAGAACAUUGUACGACCAAGGACCCCACUGGAACCAGGUCACUGUACAGCUGGGACGCAUCACCCAGCCUUUCCAGAUCUCCCUGGCUAAAAUCAGCCUCGGUGUGUUCGAUGGAGUCGCCGCUCUAGACGAUAUCGCUUUCAAGAACUGCUCUCUGCCUCCGGCGGUGGAUGAGUGUCCGCCCCACACACAUUUCCACUGCGUGCACACCAAGGCAUGUGUGGAGCAUCUGCAGCUCUGUGACCUUGUGGACGACUGUGGGGAUGGAUCAGAUGAGGCAGGAUGUUCUCCAGAGCUGCAGUGUGACUUUGAACAUGGGCUGUGUAACUGGAAACAGGAACAGACUGGAGAAGAUGUUUUUGACUGGACCAUCUACCAAGGCUCGACUCCAUCCUUUAACACAGGCCCUUCGAAGGACCACACUUUGGGCACCGUCUAUGGCCACUACCUCUACAUUGAGGCAUCUGCCCCUCGGGAGUUCAAAGACACGGCGGUGUUGCUCAGUCCAGUCUUCAAACCCACCCACCACGAUGGCAAGCCGUACAACCACUGUGCUUUCCGCUUCUAUUACCACAUGUUUGGAAAAUAUGUGUUCUACCUGGCGGUGUACUUGAGGACCACUGCUACAGGCCGUGGCCAGAUGCUGUGGGUGAAAUAUGGACAUCAAGGAGACCUCUGGCACAGGAAGACUCUUUACCUCAGCAGUGCUCAGCCUUUCCAGAUUUUGAUUCAAGGUACAGUUGGAGAUGAUCUUACUGGAGACAUUGCUAUUGAUGACCUUUCCUUCCUCAACUGUGAGCCUUAUGAAGGAGAGCUCCCCACACUGAAUAAUACAACUCCAGCAGUGACGACUCCAGCCCCCACAGUUGAACCCAAUAUGUGCCAUUAUGGAGAGUUUCCUUGUGGGACAUAUGGGGAGUGCAUUCCCUUCAGUAAAGUGUGCGACUUUAGAUAUGAUUGCUCUGAUGGAUCAGACGAAAUAAGUUGUGUGAAGGAAAGCUGUGAUUUUGAAGGAGGUGACACUUGUGGGUGGAAGAUUGUCAAACCCUCUUUCAUACUAAAUCACUCGUUUCGCUGGUCAUGUGACCAAGGAGAGAGUAAUCAUUUUGGAGAGGAGUACCACCGUCCUACUAAUGACCACACCCUCAACAGCUCCAAGGGGUGGUAUAUGUAUGCAGACAGUUCAAACGGUGGAUACGGUCAGACCACUGACCUCCAGACUCCUGUCAUCUCCUCCACUGGGCCGCAGUGCACCCUGGUCUUCUGGUACCACAUGAGGGGCUUCACUGUGGGAACACUGAAGGUGCUGCUGAAGCAAACAAACAGCACUCAUGAGGUUUGGACUGAGACUGGUAACCAAGGCAACAAAUGGAGACGAGGAGAAGUGUUUUUGGGGUUAUUGAGUAAUGUCCAGGUGGUAUUCUCUGCUAAACGAGGGAUCAGCUACAUGGGUGACUUGGUAAUAGAUGACGUCAGCUUCAUGGAUUGCUCCCCUCCUCUUCCUUCAGACCAGCCUUGCACACCUGAGCAGUACACCUGUGCAAAUGGCCACUGCAUCCCUCAGGACAACCUGUGUGACUUCAUCAACCACUGCAGGGACAGCUCAGACGAGAACCCCUACAUCUGCCAGGGUUUUAUUGAACGCUGCAGUUUUGAGUUUGACCUCUGUUCCUGGCGCCAGUGCCAAGAGGAUGACUUUGAUUGGAGGAUCAGCAGCAGUCCAACCAUUGGAACUAGGCCAUCAACUGACCACACCCUGAGAAACUCCUCGGGACACUACCUCUACUUGGAAAGUUCAUUUCCUCAGGAAGAUGGCAGCACCGCUCGUAUAAUAGGACCCCUACUGAGUCGCAGGAGCUCACAGUGCAAGAUGCGUUUCUACUUCCACAUGUCUGGAGAUGGCAUUGGGACUCUCAGUGUGUUCAGCAAAAGUGAAGGCCAUCUCCAUCUCCUCCUGACCCUGACGGGAGAUCAGGGCAACUACUGGCAGAUGAAGGAGAUCCCGCUGAGCAGCUCCAGGGACUUCCAGGUCAUGUUCGAGGGCAAGGUAGGCCGAAAUCCAAAGGUUGGCAUCUGCCUGGAUGACAUUACCUUCUCUCCAGGAUGCCUUCUCGCUUCCUCAGCUACAUCGCCCGAUAACACUCCUUCACCUCCUCCAGGGUCCUGUCCUUCGGGCUUCCUGCCUUGUGAAAAUGGCAGGUGUUUCACUCCAUGGCAGAGCUGUGACUUCACAGAUGACUGUGGCGAUGGAACGGAUGAGAAGCAUUGUGGGACUUCGUGCACCUUUGAGAACGGACGCUGUGGGUGGAAGAGCUCCCUUGCUGAUAAUUUUCACUGGGUGCUGGGCACUGGGUCUGUCCAAAGCAUACGGCCUCCGUAUGAUCACACGCUGACGAAUGAGAAUGGGCAUUUUGUCUAUUUGGAAGCAACACCAGUGGGACUGAAAGGCGAUAAAGCUCAUAUUAGAAGCUCUGUGUGGAAAGAGUCUAGCGCCAUCUGCAAGCUCUCCUUCUGGUACUACAUUUCCCACAAGGCCUCGGGAAGCAUCCGGCUUCUGAUCAAGAUGGAGAAUGAUUUAAAGGAGGUGUGGAAUCAAACGGGACAUCAGGGCAAUAAGUGGAAUCGAGCAGAGAUCUCCCUGAGGAAGCUCAGGAACUUUGAAGUCAUAUUUGAGGUGGUGCGCCUAAAGGACGUGAGCGGUGGAGCGGCCUUAGAUGACCUGGAGUACAUAGACUGUGCCCCAACCACUGUGGAGGCCGUUGGUUGUCCUGCGCCCACAGAUUUUGUGUGUCGCAGCGGCCACUGCAUUGAGUCCCACCUGGUGUGCGACGGCAAGGCCGACUGUGCUGAUGAAUUGGACGAAGCUGACUGCGACAAAAUAAUUAGCUCGCCAGGUGCUUGUAGCUUCAACAUGGAGGCAGACCAGUGGAAAGAGAGAUGCCAACUUUCUCAAGACCCUGAUGAUGACUUUGAUUGGACGAUUGGUUCCAGUACUGAGACACCAGGGGCUGGACCUAUCACCGACCACAGCCAAGGUGGUGGAGGGAACUUCCUGUAUAUAAACUCAGCCAUUCAGCGCGAGGGCGAUGUUGCCAAGGUGACAACCAGGAGUCCAUUUCCUGCCAGCAUCGGCCUGUGUCACCUGCGCUUCUGGUUCUUCAUGCAUGGUUCUGAUAGGAUGGGAACAUUGAAGGUCUUUACUGUUGGGCCCAGCGGUACCCGUCUGUUGAUGUGGGCAGCCACUGGAAACCACGGCAGACAGUGGACAUACGCUAAUGUCAUCGUGUCCAGCACGGUACCCUUCAGAGUGACCUUUGAGGCCCAGGUGGGUGGAGACAUGUGGACAGACAUCGCCCUGGAUGACAUUUCCUACACUGCAGAGUGUAUAGUUGGAGAACCUGCGACUCCUCAGCCACUGACUUGUGGUGUGAACCAGUUUCAGUGUGCAUACUCCUUCCAGUGUAUCCCAGAGAGCUGGUUGUGUGACACGGAGCCCGACUGUGCUGAUAAGUCUGAUGAAGAGCAUUGUCCCACUGUUGUACCCGGAACUCUUCCUCCUCAGGUCCUUUGUCCUCUUGGUUAUUUUCAGUGUUCAGAUCAUAACUGCCUCCCGUCCAUAAUGCGCUGCGAUGGAGUCGUUGACUGUCCCACAGGAGAGGAUGAAUACAGCUGCCCUUUGCUCCAGUGUAAGCUGGGAGAACUGGUGUGUGAAAGUUCGCCUAGCUGUAUCCCAUUUCAGAGGCGUUGUGACCAUUUUGUCGACUGCCUGCCAUUCCACUCAGAUGAAUCCAGCUGCCAUGAAUGUCCUCCGAUGUAUUGCAUGUAUCACGGCUCAUGCCAUGUGAUGACACAGGGGCCUGUUUGCAUCUGUCAGCCGGGAUGGACAGGAAACCGUUGCCAUGUCAGAGAGAAACCAUCCCUCUCCACGACUUCGCCGAAACCAGAAGACACGCAGCUGGUUCCUGUGUACGUUGGCAUCGGCAUCGGGCUGCUGCUGCUCGUACUCGGAGUCGCCGUGUGUGUUCUGGCUCUGCGCAAGAGAAAGUGCCACUUAAUAAAGCCCAACCUGACGGACUACGGGGUGAUGGAUAACCCAAAUUUUGACUGGAAAGCAGAGGAUGAAAGAGCGGGCGGCUGUCCCAGUGUGAACCCCAGGAGGAGUGAUGGUCACGGGCUUUCCAUCAGUGUCUACCCCUGGAGGAAGGAGGUAGAGGGUCUGAACUGGAAAGAUGCCAAGCUGUCCUUCUCCAACCCCAUGUACCCUUACCCCCCUAAUCAUAAUGAGGCUGACAGCAAAACCUUUGAUGCAUAA